AGCCGAGUGGGGCUGUGAGGAGGAGACACUUUUUUUUUUUUUAACCUCCCUCCUUCCCUCCUCUCCUCCUCCCUUCCCUUCCCCUCUCCUCCCCUCUCUCCUCCUUCCCCCCUCGGUCCGCCGGAGCCUGCUGGGGCGAGCGGUUUGUAUCGCAGGCGCUUACUCUCCGGGGCCGCCCGGCGGGUAGCUGGCGGGGGGAGGAGGCAGGAACCGCGAUGGCGCCUCAGAAGCACGGCGGUGGGGGAGGGGGCGGCUCGGGGCCCAGCGCGGGGUCCGGGGGAGGCGGCUUCGGGGGUUCGGCGGCGGUGGCGGCGGCGACCGCUUCGGGCGGCAAAUCCGGCGGCGGGGGCUGUGGAGGCGGUGGCAGUUACUCGGCCUCCUCGUCGUCUUCCGCGGCGGCAGCGGCUGGGGCCGCCGUGUUACCGGUGAAGAAGCCGAAAAUGGAGCACGUCCAGGCUGACCACGAGCUUUUCCUACAGGCCUUUGAGAAACCAACGCAGAUCUAUAGAUUUCUUCGAACUCGAAAUCUUAUAGCGCCAAUAUUUUUGCACAGAACUCUUACUUACAUGUCUCAUCGAAACUCCAGAACAAACAUCAAAAGGAAAACAUUUAAAGUUGAUGAUAUGUUAACAAAAGUAGAGAAAAUGAAAGGAGAACAAGAAUCUCAUAGCUUGUCAGCGCAUCUGCAACUUACGUUUACUGGUUUCUUCCACAAAAAUGAUAAGCCAUCACAAAAUUCUGAAAAUGAACAAAAUUCUGUUACUCUUGAAGUUCUGCUUGUAAAAGUUUGCCACAAAAAAAGAAAGGAUGUAAGUUGUCCAAUAAGACAAGUUCCCACAGGUAAAAAGCAGGUGCCUUUGAAUCCUGACCUCAAUCAAACAAAACCUGGAAAUUUCCCGUCCCUUGCAGUUUCCAGUAAUGAAUUUGAACCUAGUAACAGCCAUAUGGUGAAGUCUUACUCAUUGCUAUUUAGAGUGACUCGCCCUGGAAGAAGAGAGUUUAAUGGAAUGAUAAAUGGAGAAACCAAUGAAAAUAUUGAUGUCAAUGAAGAACUUCCAGCUAGAAGAAAACGAAAUCGUGAAGAUGGGGAAAAGACAUUUGUUGCGCAGAUGACGGUAUUUGAUAAAAACAGGCGCUUACAGCUUUUAGAUGGGGAAUAUGAAGUAGCCAUGCAGGAAAUGGAAGAAUGUCCUAUAAGCAAGAAAAGAGCAACAUGGGAAACUAUUCUUGAUGGGAAGAGGCUGCCUCCAUUUGAAACAUUUUCUCAGGGACCUACGUUGCAGUUCACUCUUCGUUGGACAGGAGAAACCAAUGAUAAAUCUACAGCUCCGGUUGCAAAACCUCUUGCCACUAGAAAUUCAGAUAGUCUCCAUCAAGAAAACAAACCUGGUUCAGUUAAACCUACUCACACAAUUGCUGUUAAAGAAUCACUGACUACAGAACUACAAACAAGAAAAGAAAAAGAUACAUCAAAUGAAAACCGACAGAAAUUAAGAAUAUUUUAUCAGUUUCUGUAUAACAACAAUACAAGACAACAGACCGAAGCAAGGGAUGACCUACAUUGCCCGUGGUGUACUCUGAACUGCCGCAAACUUUAUAGUUUACUCAAGCAUCUUAAACUCUGUCAUAGUAGAUUUAUUUUCAAUUAUGUUUAUCAUCCUAAAGGUGCUAGGAUAGAUGUUUCUAUCAAUGAGUGUUAUGAUGGCUCCUAUGCAGGAAAUCCUCAGGAUAUUCACCGUCAACCUGGAUUUGCCUUUAGUCGAAACGGACCAGUAAAGAGAACUCCUAUCACACACAUACUUGUAUGCAGGCCAAAACGAACAAAGGCAAGCAUGUCAGAAUUUCUUGAGUCUGAAGAUGGAGAAGUAGAACAGCAACGGACAUACAGUAGUGGACAUAAUCGUUUAUAUUUCCAUAGUGACACCUGCUUACCUCUUCGACCACAAGAAAUGGAAGUAGAUAGUGAAGAUGAGAAAGAUCCCGAAUGGCUAAGAGAGAAAACAAUUACACAAAUUGAAGAAUUUUCAGAUGUUAAUGAAGGAGAGAAAGAAGUAAUGAAAUUAUGGAAUCUCCAUGUUAUGAAGCAUGGGUUUAUUGCUGACAAUCAAAUGAAUCAUGCCUGUAUGCUGUUUGUAGAAAAUUAUGGACAGAAAAUAAUUAAGAAGAAUUUAUGUCGAAACUUCAUGCUUCAUCUAGUCAGCAUGCAUGACUUUAAUCUUAUUAGCAUAAUGUCAAUAGAUAAAGCUGUUACCAAGCUUCGUGAAAUGCAGCAAAAAUUAGAAAAAGGAGAAUCUGCUUCCCCUGCAAAUGAAGAAAUAGCUGAAGAACAAAAUGGGACAGCAAAUGGUUUUAGUGAAAUUAACUCAAAAGAGAAAGCUUUGGAAACAGAUGGUGUCUCAGGGGUUUCAAAACAGAGCAAAAAACAAAAACUCUGAAAAGACCUGACCCCUUCUUAUGGACAAACACUGAAAUCACAUUCUAGAGAAUUCAUCCUCUAGGAAAAGAGUAUUUUUUGUUUUGUUUUAAGUCAUAGAUUCCAAACAGGCAAUGUUAGAUGAAGUAAAUGAUUUCAACAAGGAUAUUUCUAUCAGGGUUCUUGUUCACUUUAUUAUGCAAGCAUUACAUGUUUAUCAGUUUUAUUGACAUCUUUACGACAUUCUCUAGUUUGAGCAUGGAAAGCAAUACUUCAAAGAAAGUUGUUUUUUAAAAAAUUUCAACAGCUGUCUUAUGAAAUAUACUGAAUCGAUUGUCUAGAAAUUAUUUCUUAUACUUAAAUUAUAAUGGUCUUUGCAUUUGUGACUGGCUGCUUUUCUACUUUAUAAUUGUGAGAUAUUUUCUU